AUGGAUCUGUGGUUACUACGUUGUGAUUUUUCUCACACUUUAGUCUCCUCGUACAAGCUGGUGUGUUACUACACUAAUUGGGCUCAGUACAGGAAGGAUGGAGCCAGGUUCAUGCCCGAUAAAAUUGACCCCUGUCUCUGCACCCACUUGAUAUUCGCCUACGCCAACAUAACCGAAGACCACGAGCUCACCAGCUUGGAGAAAGAAGACGAGGAAAUGUACAAGAAAUUCAAUAAUCUGAAAAGCAAGAAUACUAAACUGAAAACCCUUCUAUCCAUUGGAGGCUGGAGUUUUGGAACUACCAGAUUCACCAACAUGGUGGCCACGACGGACUCUCGUGCGACCUUUAUCCGCUCGGCCGUCUCCUUCCUGCGCCAGUUUGGAUUUGACGGCCUGGACGUGGACUGGCAAUAUCCCGGCUUCAGGGAAAGUCCGGCUGAGGAUCGGAACCGGUUCACUGUCCUACUGAAGGAGUUGCGAGCUGCAAUAGAGGACGAGGCACACAAUGAGGACAAAGGCAAACUGCUACUGACCGCUGCCGUUGCCGCCUACAAGGAGGUCAUCGACAACGCCUACAACAUCUCUGCCAUCUCACAGUGCUUGGACUUCAUUUCUGUGAGGACGUUUGACUUCCAUGGACACUGGGAGAAGGUGACUGGUCACAACAGCCCGCUCUUCCUGGGUCCCACUGACAAAGGCAAAUUUAUUUUCUAUAACAUUGACUUUGCUCUGAAGUAUUGGCGGCAGCAAGGGGCGGCAGCAGAGAAGCUCCUCGUCGGGUUCCCCACCUACGGACGCACGUUCACCCUGAGCAGCAGCGGCAACGCCGUGGGGGCUCCAGUGACAGGAGCCGGUCAAGUGGGACUCUUCACCCGCGAGCCAGGACUGGUGGCUUACUACGAGACUUGUGUGUUUUUGAAAACCGCAACCUUGAAAGUCAUUCCUGAACAGAAGGUUCCUUAUGCAUUCAAAGGAAGCCAAUGGAUUGGAUAUGAUAACCAGCAGAGCUACAAGUUUAAAACUCAGUGGCUGAUAAACAACAAGUUUGGAGGAGCCAUGGUGUGGUCUCUAGAUUUUGAUGACUUCAGUGGAACAAGAUGUAAAGAGGGUGUUUACCCUUUGAUCAACGCAUUGAAAUCCCUCCUCAACAUUACUGGGUGUCCAGCACCAGUGACCACAGUCCAUCCUGCCAACACCAGCCAGGUCCCGGUCACCAUGGUCACCACCUUCAGCCGCGUGGUGGACGCGGGGGUCUGGUGUCGCGGUAAAUCACAGGGGAUGUUUGCCGACCCGAUAGACCGCAGUAAAUUUUACAUCUGUGCUGCGGGGAUGACUCGACACGAGAUGUGUCCUCAAGAGUUGAUCUUCGAUGAGAAUUGCCAUUGUUGUAACUGGCCUUAA